UAUCGAUAUAUUUAAGACCUACCGCCUGUUGCAAGUUGCGACUUGUUUUUGCCGAAUUGUAUCCUCAAUGGUGAAAUCAUAGAGCACCAUGGACAUCUCGAGUACUAUUAAAUUUCGUGAUAUUUGCACGAUGAUGAAGAGAGUUAAAGAAGCCAAAAAUACGCAACGAAAGGAGCUCAUUUUGAAGCGAUAUUACACCUCCUUCUGCAAGCAUCGAGAGUCUUUCCGUCAAGGCGCCAAUCUAACGGUAAAUCAAGCAGAGGACGGAUCCAGUAGCUUUUUCCCAGUGCUACGCCUUCUAUUACCUGGCGCAGAUACUUCACGGGAUAACUAUGGCUUGCAGAUAACUGCACUAGGGCGACUGUAUUCCCGCGUAUUACAGGUAUCCAAAGAUUCUAAUGAAUAUAUACGCCUGCAGAAUCGUACCGCCUCCUCAUUUCGUGACUAUGGAGAUGUGGUGUUCUCUGUGCUGCAACCUCGGUGCCACAACGAGCCGAGUAAUCUGACGCUUAAGCAAAUCCACGAUAUGCUGGACAUUAUUGCCAGCGAAGAUACAACAGUAAAAGAACGGGAACUGACACGCUUUACGGAACUGGCUUCGGCCGAAGAGCAAAAAUGGCUGAUACGCAUCCUGCUUAAGGCAAUGGGCUUGGGCAUUGGCGAGCAAAAAAUUUUCGGCUUGCUUCAUCCCUUGGCAAAGGAUAUGUAUCAGCGUUGUUCAGAUUUGAAGCGCAUUUGUAUACUGUUGGCAGAUAACAAGCUAGGACAGGAAGCGCCGUCUGGAAGCACUGGCAUUGGCAGAGGCACCAGCAGCAGCACCAGCGCAGUUAUCAAUUUGAACACAAUCAUCGAACCCUUUCAGCUUAUACGGCCUAUGUUGUGCGAAAGAUUUCCAGGCAAGAUCGAAAGUCUUAUGGAGUCGGAUGUGCUUUAUUUAGAAAGGAAAAUGGAUGGCGAACGCUUUCAACUUCACUACGCUCGCGGCAUGUUUAAGUACAUAUCCCGCAACGGUGUCGAUUAUACAAAAAGCUUUGGCGGUAGCUAUGAAAUCGGCACUUUGACGCCACAUCUACGCACGCUGCUGCCUCUGGGCAUGGAGUCGAUUAUACUAGAUGGCGAAAUGAUGAUAUGGGAUACACAGCAGAUGCGGUAUCGCGAGAAGGGCGAAAACACAGAUGUGAAACAUCUGAAACCAGAGCGCAGCUGGAGACCCUGUUUUGUGGUCUACGACCUGCUCUAUCUCAACGGGGAGAGUCUACUGGAUAUGACAUAUGUACAGCGAACUUACAAGCUGCAGGAGCUGCUCACCGAGCAGCAGGGAAUUCUGCAGAUAAUGAAGGCACAGAAAAUAAGCUCACUUGAUCAUUUCAACACGCUGUUCCAGCAGAUGCUUGAUUCUAAUGCUGAGGGUAUUGUGCUAAAGAAGCAAAACUCAGUUUAUAAGCCGGGAGUGCGUGUAGGCGGUGGUUGGUACAAGGACAAGGCGGAUUAUAUAGAGGGUCUCAUCACUGAGUUCGACGUGCUGAUCAUUGGCGGCUUUUAUAAUCGUAAACGCACUUUUAUCGAAACAUUUUUGUUGGGCGUGCUGAAACCGGGUGGCGGCACCGAACGAGAUGAGGUAUUUAGUAUUGGAUGUGUGGCCAAUAAUACGCGACAACGUGGCGUCCUCCAUAAUGAAUUGAAGCCACAUUGGCGUAAUGCGAGCACGGAGCCACCGCCACUGUGGUAUCACUACAGGCCCAACGAAAAGGAGGGCGCUCCCGACGUAUGGAUUCAGCCCGAAAAAUCUAUAAUAUUACAAGUAAAGGCAGCCGACUUAUCACCCAAUGGUGCCUACUCCACACCCAAGUCGCUACACUUUCCGCGCAUUCAGUUGAUGCGCGCUGACAAGGUGUGGCACGAGUGCAUGACGCUUGAGGAAUAUACACAACUGUGUCAGGGUCGCGGUGGCAUCAAGAAAUUGAACAAGCGGCAGGCAAGCCUCAGUGACUUCACGACGGAACGCAAACGACAAAAGAUGACGCCUGCCGAACGCAAUCGCCUCGGAUUAGCUGCCUAUGAGAAACGCUACGAUGUACAGCCCUUGGAAAGCAACUCACAGCUGUUCGAGGGCUUCACUUUUUGCAUAUUGAGUGGUUCACGCGGGCAUAGCAAGCAGCAGCUUCAGGCGCUGGCCGCUCAGAAUGGAGGCACCAUUGUCCAGAAUCCGUUGCCUAACGAUCCAAAGUGUAUCUGCAUAGCCGGUGAUCCCGUUUACUUGGUGAAACGUCUGACGCAACAGCAGCCACGCACAAAUGACAUUUUACGCUUGGAUUGGUUGCUGCGUGUGGCUAACAAGCAGCAGAUCGACUUGCGGCCCAGAGAUGUGCUGUCCGCUACCGAAGCGCUGCAGUUGCAGUUUGCGAAAAGCUUUGAUAAGUUCGGUGAUAGUUUUACGGACUUGUUUGGCAGCGUCGAUGAGCUGCAGGAAGUGCUGCAAGACAUCAGCGAAACAGAACUUGACUCUUUGGAUGUGAAUAAGCAUGAGUUGGAAAAACUGGAGCAACAGCUGCUUGGUAGUGCCAACCCCAACAUCUUCUCCAAGCACUAUGCCUGCAUGUAUAAUCGCGAUGCGGACGAGCUGGCCAGGCUACUCUUUAUUCAGCGUGGCGGGCAGUUGGUCAGCGAAACGCAGCAUCAGAAUCCGACUCUUGUGCUUGUCUGCCCUAGUCGGUUAAACCGGCAAGACUUUGAGCACUGGUAUCAGAAACAUUUCACUGGACAGCCCGUACAGGCUGUCAGCACGGAUUGGAUACGGCAAUCGCAUCGAGCCCGCUGCGCUCUCCCCACAACAGAGUACAUAUUGAAAUUUUAGUUCGUUGGCAAGGAAUUUGUCUGGCACAUAGUAGGCCAUUUAUACGUAGAGCUAGCGUUGUUCAUGUUUAGCUGCCAUUCACUAUAAAUAUUUUACCGAUUCUACUACAAAAAAGAAUAAUAAUUAUUUGUAAGUUUUUUAACAUUUGAUAAUGUCAGUGCCACCAAACACAAUACGUCCAUCGAUGCCUGAGGAGUUGUUACGCUCUGUGCAACAAAACUGGAUUUGGUCAGGUCUGAUCAUGAAGGAGAAUCGAGUGCAAAAUGGCUCAGAUUUGGAAGCGGGCUUCG